AUGCCUAUUCCAACUGAGCUCAUGAAUCUCUCGAAUAACUCAAUCGCUGCUUUACAACGUUUGGUCAAUUAUCAAACUCCACCGGAUACAUUUCCUAUGAAGCGUAGAGCGGCAGUGAUGGUCGGCUUAUUUGCUAGCCGAAAUGGUCAUCUAAACGUUCUUUUGACAAAACGAAGUCCAACCAUGCGUACUUAUGCUGGUCAAACAGCUCUUCCUGGUGGAAAGAUGGAGAUUGACGAUGUGGACCUUGAGCAUACGGCUCGUCGUGAAGCUUAUGAGGAGUGUGGCCUAACGCGAAAUUCUAAAAAAGUCCGCAGGUUGGCAAUGUUGACGCCCUUCUUAAGCAGAGGUUAUUUGAUCGUCACACCUGUGGUGUGUUUUAUCACAGAUCAGACAUUGAUGCCUCGUUUGAAUUCCCGAGAGGUCGACGUGCUCUUUUCACAUCGCUUGGAACAAUUUCUAGGUCAUCAAGAUCUCUCUGAGCCUGAUGCCCCGUCUGCCACUACCAUCCCGAUGGAGACCCCCUCCGAAUCGUCCGCCUUUCCUCGCUCUUCCGUCAUGGAGCACCCAUACUUGAGAUCAUAUGAGAAUCAUUGGUUUUCACAACGAAUACCAUGCCGUUACUUUGAAUUUGAAAGUAAAGUAUCACCCAUCGUUGGUUUUACAGCAAAUAUCUUAAUAGAAACAGCUCAAAUUGCAUAUGGUCGAGAACCUAAUUUCGAAAGAUACGCCAAAGGACAAUGGACAAUGAAAGAUUUAAUUGAAUUAGCACUUGAGGAAGCAAGUGAAUUUAAAAAUGAUGAUCAAGCUAAAACGGUUGAUCAUCAUAAUUUAUUAGAGGAUAGAAAAGAUGAUGAUGAGUUAGGUUCUGGGUUGUUUUCUAAAUUGGAUGUUUCUUAUUACUUUGAAAAUCUGUAUAAGAAACUCUCUCAAUUAUAUCCUAGGUCUAAAUUGUAA